CUGGGAGUGAGGAUUCCACUAAGUCUCAGGCAUCGGGAGGUACUAUUGAUGGGGAAGGCGGCAGUGUUCCUGAGGCUGCAUUGGAAUCUGAUGGUACUCCUAGCUCGGAGAAGUUCAAGAAGCUAGUUGAGCUACUUGAGCCAAGAUUUGACUUUGAGUAUGGUGGAGGAAUUGUUUUGAAGGAGAGUGAAUUGCGUAUGGUUGCUAGUAGCAUACCCCCUGAUAAUCCCCAGGUUAUGGAUGCUUGUGUCUCUGUAAUGAGAGAAUCUGUCUUCAUUAACACUGAUCCAGCAGCCGUCCCUAGAGCUGAUAUGCUGACAAGUCAUUUCCAUGGUUCUCUUGCUGUUAUGUUCUCUAAAUUCAAGAAGUGUAGGCGCAAAGAGAGUUUUGAAUUUGAUGAAGAUCUGUUGAGCUCAAUAACUCACAGAUUUAGCAGCACUAGAAGGAAAUGGCUUGAAGCCAUAGAUUACCUCUACUCUCCUUUCAACAUUGACAAGAACCGCUGGAUUGCUGUCAUGGUGGACCUGCCCUCGCAUUCACUCUCUGUUUUCGAUUCUACUGCUAAUGCCCUUCGUGGAUCCAGACUUAAACCUGAACUGGAGUUCUUAUGUGAGAUGUUUCCAUAUUUGGUUCAUAAGAUUGGUGCGAACGAUCUGAUGAUAAAUUACCCAUUGUCUCCGUUGUCUUUCACUCACCACACCCGCGUUACACAAGCUUCAGACCGCGCAAACACCGGUAUGCUUUCCCUUCUUUUCAUGGAGGCGCAUGCAUUUGGUAGUUUCGAUAAGGUUUGUCAAGUCUCAGAGGCUGGUCUUCGUCAGCGAGCAGAGCAGCUAGCUGUUCAGUUAUAUGAGCAUUGCUGUGGCGAUAUCGAAGUAUGAAAAGGCUAUGUCUUUCUUCCCUCCUAUCCCUGUAUAACUUUGAACAAUUUCUGUCAUUUCUAUUACCUUUUGUGUUUGUUGUUUCAAAUCUGGACUUGUUUUUCGCAUCUUUAGGAUUUUGGGUAAUACUUUAUGUUAAUGCUGGCUAAGGAAUGUGUUGGACUUUUACUUAA